GCAGAGUUGGCUCAGCCAGGGAGCACUCGUUGCUCUUUUCAACUCCAGGGCACCGGGGAUGAAGUCACCUUUCUUCUUUUGAAACCAACAGAUUCGUCCUGUGAGUCCCUGUCACUUCUGUGAGGACUUGUUUUUUCUGCUGCCGGUCGCCAGGACCUUCUCUCAGGUGUUUGGUUUGUUUUCUGGGUGUGACAAGAUAUAUUUAUACCCUCUACUCAUAACCAAGAUGGAACGUUCCUUCUGAUUCUUGACUCACUGAAGAAGAAGGUCCAGAUCUGGAGGCUUGCAGGGCAUCAGAACCGGGGAGGCGUCAUUGGAUGUGACAGCUGCACGUGUAAGAGACUUUCCGGAAGCAUGGACCUCAGUGAAACAUGGCCUUUGGAGGAAGGAACCUGGUUGUCUCAUGCUGGAAUUCAUCAUUUUGCCAACACCAGAGGAGACAAUGACUUUGUGGAAUCCUCUCCCGCGCCUUAUAACCCGGAGGAGUUGGGUCCCCCUCCUGCUUGUUACAGUCCCAGUAGUCCCGCCCAGAUUCUAGAAGACCCCAGCUACUUUUUCCCAGACUUCCCGCUCUACUCGGGGAGGCAUGAGGCGCCUGCUUUGACGGUGGAGGCCGGCGGUACCAUCAGGGAGAAAGUUGUUGAGGAUCCUCUUUGUAACUUCCACGCCCCGAACUUCCUGAGGAUCUCAGAGGUGGAAAUGAGAGGUUCCGAGGAUGCGGCAGCUGGAACAGUAUUGCAGCGGCUGAUCCAGGAACAACUGCGCUAUGGCACCCCGACCGAGAACAUGAACUUGCUGGCCAUUCAGCACCAGGCCACAGGGAGUGCAGGACCAGCCCACCCGACAAACAGCUUUUCUUCCUCGGAAAACCUCACCCAAGAAGACCCACAAAUGGUCUACCAGUCGGCACGCCAGGAACCGCAGGGUCAAGAACACCAGGUGGACAACACGGUGAUGGAGAAACAGGUCCGGUCCACGCAGCCUCAGCAGAACAACGAGGAGCUGCCCACCUACGAGGAGGCCAAAGCGCAGUCCCAGUUCUUCAGGGGGCAGCAGCCGCCGCCGCCGCCGCCGCAGGGGGCCGUGGGUCACGGUUACUACAUGGCGGGGGGCACCAGCCAGAAGGCCCGGACUGAGGGGAGGCCCACGGUGAGCCGUGCCAACAGCGGGCAGGCGCAUAAGGACGAGGCGCUGAAGGAACUUAAGCAGGGCCACGUCCGCUCGCUCAGUGAGAGAAUCAUGCAGCUGUCGCUGGAGAGGAAUGGCGUUAAGCAGCACCUCCCUGGCUCAGGGAGUGGCAAGGGGUUCAAGGCGGCAGGGGGACCCGCCCCACCCCAGCCUGCAGGCAAAGUGCUGGACCCCCGGGGUCCGCCACCCGAGUACCCCUUCAAGCCCAAGCAAAUGAUGUCCCCGGUCGGCAAGACCCAGGAGCACGGACUUUUCUACAGCGACCAGCACCCUGGCAUGGUCCACGAGAUGGUCAAGCCUUACCCUGCUCCGCAGCCCGCGAGAACGGAAGUGGCCGUCCUGAGGUACCAGCCACCCCCGGAGUAUGGGGUAACGAGCCGCCCAUGCCAGCUUCCUUUCCCGUCAACAGUGCAGCAGCACAGCCCCAUGUCCUCCCAGAACUCCUCGGUCAGCGGGCCUCUGCACUCCACCUCCUUGCCGCUGCCACUCCCAGUGACCCUGGCCGCCCCGCAGCCGCCGCCUGCCGCCUCCCCCAGCCAGCAGCUGGGUCCCGAUGCCUUUGCGAUUGUGGAGCGAGCCCAGCAGAUGGUGGAGAUACUAACAGAGGAGAACCGCGUGCUUCACCAGGAACUUCAGGGUUACUGUGACAACGCUGACAAGCUCCACAAGUUUGAAAAAGAACUUCAGAGGAUUUCGGAAGCCUAUGAGAGUCUGGUCAAGUCCACCACCAAGCGAGAGUCACUGGACAAGGCGAUGAGAAACAAACUGGAGGGCGAGAUUCGAAGACUUCACGACUUCAACAGGGACCUCCGAGAUCGACUGGAGACUGCCAACAGGCAGCUGUCCAGCAGGGAGUAUGACGGCCAUGAAGAUAGAGCCGUGGAGGGCCUGUAUGCUUCCCAGAACAAAGAAUUCUUGAAGGAAAAGGAGAAGUUAGAAAUGGAGUUAGCAGCAGUGAGGACUGCAAGCGAGGACCACCGGAGACACAUUGAAAUCCUGGACCAGGCUCUGAGCAAUGCGCAGGCCAGGGUCAUCAAGCUGGAAGAGGAGCUACGAGAGAAGCAAGCCUACGUGGAGAAGGUGGAGAAGCUGCAGCAGGCGCUGACCCAGCUGCAGUCCGCAUGUGAGAAGCGGGAGCAGAUGGAGCGGAGACUUCGGACCUGGCUGGAGCGAGAGCUGGACGCCCUGAGGACCCAGCAGAAACAUGGAAACGGCCCGCCAGCCAGCAUGCUGGAAUACAAUGCCCCGGCCCUCAUGGAACUUGUGAGGGAGAAGGAGGAGCGGAUCCUGGCGCUGGAGGCCGACAUGACCAAGUGGGAGCAGAAGUAUCUGGAAGAGAGCACCAUCCGGCACUUUGCCAUGAACGCCGCAGCCACCGCCGCAGCUGAGAGGGACACCACGAUCAUCAACCACUCGCGGAAUGGCAGCUACGGCGAGGCCUCGCUGGAGGCCCACAUCUGGCAGGAGGAGGAGGAGGUGGUGCAGGCCGCCAGGAGGUGUCAGGACAUGGAGUACACCAUUAAAAAUCUCCAUGCCAAGAUCAUCGAGAGGGAUGCCAUGAUUAAGGUCCUUCAGCAGCGAUCCCGCAAAGAUGCCGGGAAGGCGGACUCCUCGAGCCUGCGGCCCGCCCGCUCCGUCCCUUCCAUUGCUGCGGCCACCGGGACACACUCCCGCCAGACCUCUCUGACCAGCAGCCAGUUAGCGGAGGAGAAGAAGGAAGAGAGGACCUGGAAGGGGAGCAUAGGGCUGCUGCUGGGGAAGGAGCACCACGAGCACGCCUCUACCCCCGCGCUGCCCGCCCCGCCCGCCACAGCACCGGCCCCAACAGUGUCCGCCACGUCGGCCAGCAGCGCCCACGCCAAGACGGGCAGCAAAGACAGCAGCACCCAGACGGACAAGAGCACCGAACUCUUCUGGCCCAACAUGGCCUCCUUGCCCACCCGCGGCCGGCUGAGUGUGACCCCUUCGAACAGCCCGGUCCUGAAACACCCCGCCGCCAAAGGGACCACAGAGACAGAGGAAAACUCUCCUGGCCACGGGAAGUCGCCUGACCACAAAGGCCGCGCCAGCAGCCUGCUGCACAAGCCCGAGUUCCCGGACGCGGAGAUGAUGGAGGUCCUCAUCUAGCGCUGUGUCCCCGAGGAACGUCGUGCCGGGACAGUGACAAGCGGAGGAGGAGAAGGAGCGUGGCCAUGGCACGAGCAAGGAGAGCGAUCGAGAAGGUGGUAGUGGGAAGCCAGGAAUGAUUGGAACUGAUAAAGAUUUCAGAUUCGUAAGAACACUUUUUAUAAAUGUUUAAAAAAAAAACAGGAGACCUACACGAGUGAAGAUGGAGUGAACGCUAUGGAUUUUUAUUGCCUAUGGUGGCAGAAAGACGAUGCAUGUAGGUUUGGAAACGAAGAAGAAAUAGGAAAUGGAAUUUUCCAAUGUACAGAAAAUGUAUCUCAUGGGGAGGGUCUGUGUACACCCAUUUUCUGGUUAUAAACACAUAAACCUGAA